CUCAACCCGCAACUUCCUAUCACCGCACCUCUCAUUAAUCAUAUUAUUGAUUAUUCUUUUCUUCCUCACAAAAACAAAAAAAAUCAAACUUUUCCAUGGCUUCUUCCAUUGGCUCCACAUUCGCCGGUGCCGCCCCGAGCUGCGCUAGAUUCAAGCACCACCUUCGCCAGCCAAGUAGGAUUUCGGCAGCUCACGCCACUGCCGGAAGGACAUCGACAUCUACCUCACACAUUGCUCCCCAGACUUCGUUAUACGAAGUUCUCGGGAUUCCGAUGGGGGCCACGUGUCAGGAGAUAAAGGCCGCGUACCGGAGAUUAGCCAGAGUCUUGCAUCCGGACGUUGCGUCGUCUCAUAAUAGCACUAGGGGUAGCCAGGACGCUUCAGCGGCUGCCGACGAGUUCAUGAGAGUUCAUAAAGCGUAUACGACUCUUUCUGAUGCGGAAAAGCGCGCUGAUUAUGACCGGACGUUGUUCCGGCUGAGACGCCCGGCUUAUGUAUUGUCGGCCACCAACAGGGGUUCCGGGUAUUAUACUCGCCGGACUUGGGAGACUGACCAGUGUUGGUAGCACAACCUGGCAGCGAAAUGACUCUUUUAUCCAGACAUCAAUUAGCUCAUCAAAUUUGAUGCCUUUUCAGAUUUUAGGAAAUGUACAGAUACGCCCUUUUUAUUGCAUCUACUAGUAUCAAUUACUAGGAGUAAUUAACAUGUACCGUAGAUGUAGAUUCUAGAAUCAGGCUGAGUUUUAGGUGUCUGACUUGGAAUACUAGCUGUUGCUUCGACUUACAACAUGGUAUUUUCGAAGAAAAUGUGUUUGUUAGAAAUGCAAUUCCCACUACAAUUGUUCUUAUCUUAAUGUCAGAACAAACAAUAAUAAUAUGUUGUAUACUAGUAGUAAUUUUCUUUGUGAGUUAUUA